AUAUUUUAAUUUGACUGUUGGUAAUAAUACGGUUUUAAAAAUAUAAGUUUCAAUUCGAGUCCAGAAACGACAAUUCACUAGCAAGUAAAACAGACCGACAGAAACUCAUUCGAAUUACCAUAACAGUGUAUUUAAAAUUUUCUUAACAUUCUUUAUUUUGUUUUGUAAUUCGCGCCAUGAAUCUUUUUCAUAUUCAUAAAAGAGGUUAUAAAACAUCACAUACCUAAUAACUCUAAAAGCAUGGUUUACAUUUAAGCCCAAAUUUAUUUAUGCCGAAAUAAAAAAUACGAAAGAAAUAGUGGAUUUAAAUACUAAAAUAUAAAAUGAGGUGGAUGACACGAUAUUUUACAUUACCAAUUUUACUUAGUUUAUCUUUAACAAGUGUUAGUAUUGCUGUAUUAUAUGUAUUAUACAAAAAGGACGAAGAAGAUAUUAAAUCUGGAAAAAGUCAUGUUGAAAUUUCAAAAGUGUAUACAACAGAAUAUAAAGUACCUAAACAAUUUGUACCUGCUGUUAUUGGAAGGGGUGGUUCAGUGAUAAAAGAUGUACAAAAUAAAACAGGAACACAAAUUCAUUUUGAAGAAGAGAACAUUGAAUGUACUGAUCGUAUUUGCAUUAUAAAAGGAGGCUAUGAAGCUAUACAUUUAGCUGAAGAAAUGAUAAAAUCUAUAAUUAAAAAUCAGCCUAUAAUUGAAACAUACGAAAUGUUUAUUCCACAGAAAGCAGGUGGGAAAAUAAUAGGGAAAGGCGGUGAAGUUAUAAAACAAAUGCAAACAAGCUCUGGUGCAAAAAUCUUGAUUGAACACGCCCGUAAUCCACAUGAUUCAAAUUCUGAGAGAAAAAUUAUUAUAAAAGGAACAACUAAACAAAUUACUGCAGCUUUGACACAAAUUCAAGAUAAAGUUCGCGAAGAACAGGAAGCACGUGCAAAGAUAGAGGCUUCUUCUGCUACAAGAUUGCCUAGAGGAAAAUUAUCUCCUCGUAACACUCUUAAUACAUCUGAACAAGUUCAAAGCACUGAAUCUUUACCAGUUUCUGAUGGUUUGAUGGAAGUAUAUGUAUCAGCAAUGGAAAAUCCUAGUCAGUUUUGGGUUCAAAUUGUUGGUCCAGGAACUACAGCAUUAGAUAAAUUAGUGUCUGAAAUGAAUACCUACUAUGAUAAUGAAGAAAAUUAUGAAAUGCAUAGGUUGAAAAAUAUAACAAUUGGUCAAAUGGUAGCAGCAAGAUUCAGUUUUAAUAAACAAUGGUACAGAGCUGAAAUUAUUUCUACACCUGAAAAUGAUCAAUGUGAAAUUUUUUUUGUGGAUUAUGGAGACCGUGAAGUAGUUAAUCUUGAUUCCGUAUUGGAACUUCGAACUGAUUUUCUCCGCUUAAGAUUACAAGCGGUCGAGUGUUCAAUGGCUAAUAUUAAACCACCGAAAAAUGAAUGGACCAGCGACGAAUGUGACUUCUUUGCGGACCUAACUUGGUUAGGUGAAUGGAAAAUUCUUCUGGCAAAGGUUAAGGGUUACAAAGAACGAACCUUUGGCUGCGGAAGCUCUCGACGCGAAGGUUCCCCGAUUCCUUGUGUCGAGCUCUACAAUAAAUACGAGAAUGAGGAGAUUAAUGUUGGCCAAGAGAUGAUAAAAGAAGGCUACGCCGAGCCAGAAGAAACUCCAUCAUCGACAGCCUCCUCGACGUUGUCGCUUUCCACGCGGAGCCGCCAUUAUGAUGAGACCGGUAUUAGUCCAAGUCCUGUGUCUAUUUCGCCGAAGCCAACAUUCAGCCCUGAAAUGUCGGCAAACACUUCAUAUAAAUCGGAUUCGGCCAUCGAAACGCCAAAUGCAUCAUUUAUGAGUCUCGAAACGUCAUCCAUUCCGUGUCGAGCAUCAAGCCCUUCAGUCGAAGAAAUUGAUUUGAUAACGCCACAGAAACCAGUCAGACCGAUCGAGGAGAUCGAUCUGGUGACACCGGCGAAGGACGAGACGGAACGUUUCAUCGAGAACGAGAAGGAAAUUAAAUAUCGAAACGGGGCUGGCAAUCAGUCCGGGAAACCUCGGAUUCGAAUGCAAAUCGACAAAUUCUCGCGAGUCGCUCCAGCUGGCUACGAGAGCGAUCUUUCGGACGCUUCAGACGAGUUGAUGCUGGGGUAAAUCGACAGAACCCCUUCUUCUUUUUUUUUUUUCUCUCUCUCUCCAUUACGCUUUCUUUUCUUCACUUUGGCCUCGUAGAAUUUAGAGACAUGACGGUUUGGCGAAUCGCAAUAAAUCCUUGAUAGAAAUGAAAAAAAAAAAAAAAAAAAGAAAAAGAAGAAGAAAAACAGAGAAUAGUAGAACAUAUGCAACGAUUGAAACCCCUUGCUUAAAGAUUCUCCUGGCAGUGUCAUUCGCUCGAUGCUAAUAUCAGUGAAAGAUUUAUCCCUUUAUCUUCUUGCGAUGCAUUCUUUUUCUUCUUUUCUAACAUCUCGACAAUUCUCGUAGAAGAAUUACAAAAGGGAAAGCGAUCAAGUUAUAGUAUAGAUCAAGUUAUAGUUUUUAUAUAUGUGUAUUGAGUGCGACAGAAUUGAACUCGAGAGGAAACCUGAGAGACACUUUUAAUAGUAGUUAGAGAAUCGUGCCUGUUUAAACUAAAUAUAUAGAUUCUGUUGCUUUUGAUUUUUUCUUUUCGUUUCUCAACGUCUAAUUUAAAGAUCCGUCGAACCCUCAUUUAUUUAAUUGCCAAAUACUUUCUUCUAUCAAACUAAUUACUAAUCGCUAAUUUUUUUUAAGAUACAGAGGAUUACUGCUUAAUUUAAGAUACAAAGGAUUACUGCUUAAUUUUUGCAAGUGAUGCUCUCGCUAUUUUAACGGAAGAGUUUUAAAUAUAUUUUACUUACGCCAGGCGAAACAGAUUCUUUCCUAUAUUUUAGAAUUUAUGUUUUCUUUGUGUAUACUUUAAAAAAGGUACAUAAUAGAAGGAGAAUCAUAACGACUUAACAGCGACGGAAAUUAAAUAUCCUAAAGGCAGUUACUACUCUCGUUACGUGAUAAAGUUUAAAAAAGAUGAAGCUCUUCCUUAUUCCUCUGAGUAAUCAGUCCUGCUUGGCCAUUCUUGAAAUGUGCAUUACUUCCUUCAGAAUACGUGCGCUAUUUAAUUCACGAACAACCAACGCAAUAGAUCAAUGCAAAAUUGUCAUUGUAUCUAUUUUGAAAUUUUAUUUUAUUUUGAAAUUUAUUUUUUAAAUACUACACAUUAUCUAACAGUGCUUGUGGCAAUAAAAAUAAAUAUUUAGAUAUUUCAGAUAAUAAAGUGAAUGCAGUGAAGAGCAUAACUGUACCAAUGACAAUAAAACAUUGUCGACAAUUUAAACUGAUG